AUCAAUCACUAAUCAGACAUUCAGACUGUAUAUGAACAAUCCACGUUUCUGCUGCUUUGGAUUUAGAGUCGCUGUGGCUAACAGAGACACCCCUCCCCUGGCUCUUACACAUAUUUUCUAUAAUUCUUCGGGUGUUGGUUCCUCUUGUACACCCAACUACCUCCUCUUCCUCUUCAGUCUUCAGCCAAACCAAAGCUCAAGACUUUGAUAUGGGUUCCGUUAACGACCAUGUUCGCCAACCAUUGUUGCCGCCUAGCGACCAUCCACCUUCGUCGGACCAAUCUUUCACCUCCAAGCACCACUCUAACGCCGACCUUGAAAGCAUCCUCUCCGAUACCAGCGUCCCUUUUCGGCGCCGUUUAGGUCCCGCCACCUGGAUCGAGUUCAAGCUCCUUUUCUACUUGGCUGCUCCCGCCGUCGUCGUCUACCUGAUCAACUACGUCAUGUCCAUGUCCACCCAGAUCUUUUCCGGCCACCUCGGUACCCUCGAGCUAGCAGCUGCUUCCCUCGGCAACACCGGCAUCCAAGUCUUUGCAUACGGCCUCAUGUUGGGCAUGGGAAGUGCCGUGGAGACGCUGUGUGGACAAGCUUACGGUGCUCGGAAGUACGAAAUGUUAGGGGUUUACUUGCAGAGAUCGACAAUUCUACUAACUAUAACGGGAAUACUCUUGACCAUCGUGUACGUGUUCUCGAAACCCAUUCUGAUAUUACUGGGAGAAUCGCCGAGGAUUGCGUCUGCUGCCGCAGUGUUCGUAUAUGGCCUAAUCCCUCAAAUCUUCGCUUACGCUGUGAACUUCCCCAUCCAAAAAUUCCUGCAAGCUCAGAGCAUAGUGGCGCCGAGCGCAUAUAUAUCGGGAGGUACUCUGUUGGUUCACUUGUUGAUAAGCUGGGUUCUUGUGUACAAGGCUGGGCUGGGAUUGCUGGGGGCGUCCUUGACGUUGAGCUUGUCGUGGUGGAUUAUUGUGAUAGCACAGUUCGUGUAUAUUGUGAAGAGCGAGAGGUGUAAGUACACGUGGCAAGGAUUCUCAGUGCAGGCUUUUUCGGGGUUGCCGGAGUUCUUCAAGUUAUCGGCGGCAUCGGCGGUGAUGCUGUGCCUGGAGACUUGGUACUUCCAGAUUCUGGUUUUGCUGGCCGGUUUGCUUCCUAAUCCUGAAAUUGCCCUCGAUUCCCUUUCCAUAUGCACCACAAUAUCUGGAUGGGUGUUCAUGAUAUCUGUUGGAUUCAAUGCGGCUGCAAGUGUGAGAGUGAGCAACGAGCUGGGAGCGAGAAAUCCUAAAUCAGCAGCAUUCUCUGUGGUGGUGGUGACGAUCAUAUCUUUCAUCAUAUCCGUUAUUGUGGCUGUGGUUGUGCUUAUUUUACGCGAUGUGCUCAGCUAUGCCUUCACAGAAGGUGAAGUCGUUGCCGCUGCCGUCUCAGAUCUUUGUCCUCUCCUCGCACUUUCCAUCGUCAUCAAUGGAAUCCAACCUGUUCUAUCUGGUGUGGCUGUUGGUUGUGGAUGGCAAGCGUUCGUUGCAUAUGUAAACGUGGGCUGUUACUAUGGAGUUGGCAUACCAUUAGGUUGCAUCAUGGGUUUCGUCUUUAAACUUGGUGCCAAGGGAAUAUGGGUGGGAAUGCUAGGAGGCACGGUUAUUCAAACGCUCAUUUUACUUUGGAUCACAGUUAGGACGGACUGGAAUAAAGAGGUUGAAGAAGCGGUAAAGAGGCUGAACAAGUGGGAGGACUCGAAAGAGGCACUUCAUCAAAGGAAUUGAAAUACGGUGGCUUGGUCCAUUCAAGAUGGGCUUCCUGGCAUCUUUAUUUCUUCACUCCGUCCAAUAUUUGGAUUGACUGGUCUCUUUAAUUACAAGGUGGCCUUCUGCAAUGUACUCACUAUGAUUCUUGGCUUAGUAUCGGAAUUGGUACCCAUUAAAACCCUCUGCUUCUUAUUCUCUCUCAUUUGACCUUUUCGGAGAUUUGCACCAUUUUGCUGAAUGUGUUUUGCUUCAGAGUUAAUAGCUCUGCUGAUUUUGCAAAUACAACGAUCAAAAUGUCUCGAGCUCA